GGUCCCCGGGCUGAGCCGCCGCCAUGGGGAAGAGGCAGCACCAGAAGGAUAAGAUGUACAUCACAUGCGCGGAGUACACGCAGUUCUACGGGGGCAAGAAAGCAGACCUUCCACAGACUAAUUUUAGACGUUUAUCAUUUGAUCACUGCAGUUUGUCUCUGCAGCCAUUUGAAUACCCAGUUUGCACACCAGAUGGGACAGUCUUUGAUAUACUGAGCAUUGUUCCUUGGAUAAAGAAAUAUGGAACCAAUCCAAUCACAGGAGAAAAACUAGAUGCCAAGUCACUUAUAAAGCUGAACUUUGCUAAAAACAGUGAAGGUAAAUACCACUGUCCAGUGCUGUUCACUGUGUUCACCAAUAACUCCCAUAUUGUGGCCAUCAAGACAACUGGAAAUGUGUUUGCCUAUGAGGCAGUUGAGCAGCUGAACAUAAAACCAAAGAGCUACAAGGAUCUUUUGACAGAUGAGCCUUUCACAAGGCAAGACAUUGUGACACUGCAGGAUCCGACAAACCUGGAUAAGUUCAAUGUGUCAAACUUCUUUCACGUUAAGAACAACAUAAAAGUAGUUGAUCCAGAUGAAGAAAAAGCAAAAUUGGAUCCCUCUUACUAUUUGAAAAAUACAAAUACAGAGACACGGGAGACCUUACUGGAGCUUUAUAAGGAAUUCAAGGGUGAUGAUAUUCUAGCAGCGACCAUGAAGGCUCCUGAAAAGAAGAAAGUGGAUAAGCUAAAUGCAGCUCACUAUUCCACUGGAGCAGUAAGUGCUUCCUUCACCUCCACUGCAAUGGUGCCUGAAACUACCCACGAAGCAGCUGCGAUUGAAGAAGAUGUUGUGAGAUACAAAUACGUGAAGAAGAAGGGCUAUGUGCGACUUCACACUAAUAAAGGAGACCUAAACCUGGAGCUGCACUGUGAUAUGACACCCCGAACAUGUGAAAAUUUCAUCAAGUUGUGUAAGAAGAACUAUUACGAUGGAACAAUUUUUCACAGAUCAAUUCGUAACUUUGUGAUCCAAGGAGGUGACCCAACUGGAACAGGAACAGGAGGAGAAUCUUACUGGGGAAAACCUUUCAAAGAUGAAUUCAAGCCCAAUUUGUCUCACACAGGACGUGGUGUUCUCAGCAUGGCCAAUUCAGGACCCAACACAAACAAAUCCCAGUUCUUCAUCACAUUCCGCUCUUGUGCAUAUCUGGACAAAAAGCAUACAGUUUUUGGAAGGGUAGUUGGUGGCUUUGAGACUCUGACUGCUAUGGAGAAUGUGGAAAGUGACCCAAAAACAGACCGUCCUAAGGAGGAAAUACGAAUUCAGACAACAACUGUUUUUGUGGACCCAUAUGAAGAGGCAGAUGCUCAGGUUGCUGCCGAAAGAGAGAAGGUCCAGCUGGAAGAAGAAGCAGCCAAAAUGAAAGCUGAGGUGGUCCCACCAAAGAAAGAGGUUGAAACUCUUAAAACAUACCGGCAGGGGAUUGGGAAAUACAUCAACUUGGCUGCAGCGAAGCGCAGUGCAGGAGAUGAUGGGCCCUCAACCAGCACAGCUGCAAAGAAGGAGAAGAAGAUCACAGGCUUUGGGGACUUCAGCUCCUGGUAGCAGCUCAGGGAGCCUUGCACUGGAGCAGCACAGCAAGAAAGAAGAGGCAGCCUCCUAUGUGUCCCCAAAGAGCCCAAAAGAGAGUCUGUCCUGGGAGGGAAGGCACCAGCCUGCCCUUCCACAGGGGAAGAAAACU